CCCCUCCCAAAAAAAAAAAAAAAAGACCUUCCGAUUUGGAGCUUUCUAAAACAUUGAUCGACAGCCGCCAUCUCGCGAAUACGUUUCUUUGAGCAUACCAGACGUCUACAGGAGCUGCAAUUGAUUCAGUUCACAAUUGGAUUCCUUCCUAAGGUCCAAGUACUAAACAUAAGUCGAUUGUAGCUACUUGUACGGAUCCAGAAACCCACCAACGACAGAAAACCAUGGCGGACCUCAACCUCCAAGAAAUCCACGACACCCUCCUCGAGAUCGCGACCGAGGCGGGCAAGAUGAUCAUGUCCGCGAACCCGGCCUCAAUCGACCAGGACACCAAGCUCAACUCCGUCGACAUCGUAACCGAAACAGACCAAGCCGUCGAGAAAAUGGUUUCCACCCGCCUCUCCCAAGCCUACCCCUCCAUCGCCUUCAUGGGCGAAGAAACCUACACAAAGGGAACCCGCCUCGGCCCGGAACCGACCUUUGUCGUCGACCCCAUCGACGGCACCACGAACUUUGUCCACUCCUUCCCCGACGCCUGCAUCUCCCUCGGCCUAGCCGUGAACCACGUCCCCGUCGUCGGCGUAAUCUACAACCCCUUCCAGGACCUGCUCUUCACAGGCAUCCAGGGAAAAGGGAGCUACAUGCGCCGCGGCGCCGGUCCCACCCAAAAACUCCCCCUCGCGAAGAACCCUAUCCCCUUGAAGGGCCUCGAUUCCGCGCUGUUGGCGUGCGAGUGGGGAUCCACGCGCGACGGACCCAACUUUGACCUCAAGGUCGAGACUUUCAAGAAGCUGGCUGCGACGAAGGAGACGGGCGGCGCGAUGGUGCAUAGUAUGCGCGCCCUGGGGUCUGCGGCGCUGAAUCUUGCGGCUGUGGCGGCGGGACAGCUGGAUGCGUAUUGGGAGGGCGGGUGCUGGGCGUGGGAUGUGUGUGCUGGGUGGUGUAUCUUGACCGAGGCGGGCGGGAUCAUGGCGGGUGGGAAUCCCGGGGUGUGGGAGCCUGCUGUUGAUGAGAGGGUGUAUCUCGCUGUGAGGGGGGCUCCUGGGGGGCAGAAGGAGCUUGUGGGGGAGUUUUGGGGGGUGUUGGGAGGGAAGAAGUUGGAUUAUUCUGUUUGA